CUUUUAAGGAACUUCCUGAAAAUAUUUAAAUUUAAAACCUUUUUGUGCUAAUACAAAGUCUGCUCGCCGUUCGGUGCUCAGUCAGAGCUGUCAGCAGCAGGUGUUCUGUGGCUGUCAGGAUGCAGCGGUUGGUUUUGAAGGUCCUCUGCGCCACACUGCUGCUUGUCGCAGUGGUGCCCUCUGUGUAUUCACAGUCAGAUUGUUCUCAAGCCGAGUCAUGUGACCUGUGCGUUGGAGACUCCAUGCUCAACCUGACAGGCUGCGUCUGGAGGCUUUGUCCAGAUGGUAAUGAUACAGGCAUGUGUAUGAAUGACGAGGGCAACUCGGCAGACAACGCCAUGAACUGUAGCUGGACCAGAGUGUCUGAACUGUGCACAGUUGUAGAGACUGUUGCUGAAGGAGGAGGUGAAGGUGACUCAGGUGAUGGCAGCAACCCAAAAUCGACCUCCGAGUUCUCCCAGGCCAAGUUUGACAUGUCAAGCUUCAUCGGAGGCAUCAUACUUGUGCUGUGCCUGCAGGCUGGCGGCUUCUUCGCCAUGCGCUUCCUCAAAUCCAAAGAGCAGAGCAGCUAUGACCCCAUAGAGCAGCCACAAUGAAGACAAGAUGUAUGAAGGGCAAAUGGAUGAGGGUGGAGGACAGCAGAGCAGUGACUCAUCCAGUAGUGACGACAAGAUUUGACUUUUUUUUUCUUUUUUUUUUUCAUUUUUGGUUUUUUCCCCAUGUGUACCCCUAGGGGAUGGGUGUGUUUAUAAGAGGACAUUUUUCUCAGAAUACUGCAUCGUUUAAUGAGUGUCUGUGUAUGUGUUCAUUGUGUUCAUAUGGUAUUUUACACACAUCAGAGACAGUUUUACUGACAAAAGAGAUUCACACCAAAGAGAUUUAUUUAACAUGUUCAGCAAUUGAUUUUUGUGAACUCCUAAUCUUUACUUAAUUUACCCAUUGAGUGAUUUGCCUCCUAGUAACAACACAACUAGCUGUGUGGAUAUGAAAUGUCUUCAAAUACAGUGCAGCGCAGUCAUGGGAAAGAAUGAUACAAUCCCAUGUAGACAGCAGGUCAGACAAGGUCAUGACAAGCAUUUGAACUUUUUUCAAAAACCCUGAAAUAGAUCAAAAUGAGACCUUUGACCUCCAUUUCACCAGAUUUUGGCCAUCAUGUAAGAUGACUUGUGUAUUUUAUUGCAGAGUUGCAUAACUUUCUAGUGUUUUAUUGAAAAAAAUUUAAAUAUUUAUGCAUCUAAUAUAAUUAUUUCAUAUAUUAACUUGUAGUGAGUGAAAUAAUUUAGCUGAGCCCCCUGGAGC